CUCUAGUCGAGAUCUUUCAUACAGGCAUUCCGCAUUCUUCUUCGUGGGUUGAAUAUUGAUCAACACGCAAGAUCGCAAUGGCGGUGUGGAGCUCCGCAGCCUUCCUGGGCAUGUUCGGCGACCCGUACCUGCGGGGCACGCCGUACGAGGCCGGAGGGGACCCGCAGGCGCUUGUGGGCGCGCUGAGCGGCCUCUCGCAAUUGCUACAGCCGCAACAACAACCCGGCAACGAGACAGAUCCCGUGACGUUUUCACUCACAGUCGAACAGGAGCGCGUGCUUCAGACGACAGUGCUGCCUCAGCUGGCAUUCUGUGGGCAAUGGGCUGAGAAUGGCGCCAAGGUUGAGGAUGCCGUCCAGUUCCAGGCGUUUUUGGCCGAAUGGAAGGCCGAGCUCGCCAAGCUUCAGAUUGGGCAGCCCGUUAUGGUGCCCGGCGGUUAUGUGGGCAACAUUAACAGCCACUCGAUCAUCUACGUAGUGGAGAAGACGAAUGACGCAGAGUAUUCAUUUACAGUGUGCAACAAAGGCCCAGGAGCCGAGAUGUACCACCCGUGUAAGGUUGAAGGAGACGCCGAAAAGAUUCGCGUGCAAUCUUGCAUUCAAAUCGGUGCUAUUCUGGCCACUCGCUUCCUGGACAUGGCCUUCUGGACGUUACUGUUCUCGCUCUGGAUGCGCAAACCCCCGUCUGAGUACCAUCGAGUAGAGACCAUCUACGACGUACUGCUUCCCUGGCUCGCGGGCGAUAAAUUGUUGCCGUUGGCGAGCGAGAUGACAGAGAAACGUGCGCCGGCCGACUGGACAACUGCAGCUCUUGGUGGUGUGCACACGGCCCAGCGUAGUCAGCUGGGCUUCUGCAAGAGCGUUAUCGAAGCGAUACGGUACUUAUGUCUGCGUAGUCGAGCCUUCACGAACGACGAGGUGGAGUAUGCUAUUUUGUACAAGUUGCGCUACCGUUUAUUCCAGCAAGUCGUCAAGGAUUUGGAAAUUGCCCAAAGCCCCGCAAAGGCGAUCCCGGAAGGCACGCUGGACACUGCGCUGCGAACACUGUCCACCAUUUCGCUGCAGGAUUCACUGCAGGGCACUCAUACGGUGGCAGAUAUCGAUCCAGAGGCUGUCGUUGGCAUUUAUUUCACGCUGUCUAAGUCCGUUGCUUGCCGUAAGUUGACUAAACUGCUGACAGUAUUAAGCGAGAGCCUGCAUGCUGCGGGAAAGAAGUUCGUUGUUAUCGUAGUGUCCGUCGACCAGGAACAAGCUGAUUAUGCAAAGCUCGUGGAGGGGUUGCCGGGACACACAUGGCUCAUGGUUCCAUUCCCAGAAAUGGAGGCUCGGAAGCAGCUCAUCCAAACGUUUGGUGUUACGAAAGUGCCCCAGCUCAUUUUGCGAGGAUCUGAUGGGACUAUUUUGACGCCCAUGGGAAAGGAAUUGGUCAUGUCGGAUCCAACUGGCGAGUUUUUCCCGUGGUCAAGCGAGGAGUUUGCGUUACCAAAGUCAACCCUAUCAGUGUCCGAAACGAAAUGCAUUGCUAUGGGAGUGAAGCAAAUUGGUCUGAAAACGUUGAAACAUCAUGAACGUAAGAACAUUCAAGCUCAUGUUCUUAGCCAUGUGAAUAAGCUGAUGAGCCAGACAGAAGAACUCAUUGAGGCGGUAGGGGUGGCUGCUAGCUCUGAAGGCAAGAGUAAGCACGAGACGGCUACAUUGGGUAAAACGCUCCCUUUUGCGCCUCACGCUAACGUGGAACUGCUUCAGCUCCAAGGGAAGGAAAGUGAGUAUGCGGGAAAUGCAUCGGAGCUCGAAAUUCCUGUUCUGAACAAUUUCUUAGAUGUGCCCGAGCGCGUCACGUCGAUCGCUCUAGCUGUCGCGGCGUUUGUCAGAUGCGAGGCUUUGUGUGAGUCAUUACUGAAACGAGCAGCAGAGGGCUCGUCAUCUUCCAGGAUGUCGUUGCAUCACGAAGUUAUCCAGCUUAUUACAAGUGUCCUGGUGGAGGUGCUACCGACGCCGGAGCCUAUUAGCUCUGAUGGGUUCGUGUCACCUACGUGCAUGUGGCGGCAGCCAGUUACGAAGGACAUGCAGCUUCGAUGCCUACAGCAUUUGCAUUCCCUCCUGAUGAUUCUUGGAUCCGUAUGGCAAUCGGUGGAGCAGCCAAGUCGCCAGUUUGACUCCGAACGCGCGCUUGCGGCGUUGUGUGUGCUAUGCAUAUACGAUGCUUUACUCCGCACCCCGGCAGCUGACGAGCCCCUUGAGAUAUCGCUGAUGAUGGAAGAAGGAGGUGGAUACGUACUGGCGCACACUUUCUGCAAAGCUAAUUUCUCGAUUCAGAAGUUGACGUCAGCGAUGGAAUUUGCACGCCCAAACUUUUGCGUGAUUCGGGGUCGAGUGCUUGCUUAUUUCCACAGCCAAGAUGCAAAGGGCAAGAGACAAGUUUUCGACUAUCACAUGCCGGAGGACAAGAUUGAGGUAAAGAAGUAUUCUACGACACUUCUGUUCUUCCGUCAGCUCAUGGAGCGGUAUCACUACCCGCUAAUCGAUCCAAACAAUCAGACUCCGCCAACUGAAAUGGAAGCGUUGAUGGAGUGGUUCUGUAGUGAUACCACGCCCAUGGCAGACGACCAUCCAGAAGUGGGGUUGACUCGUGAUUUAGUCAUGGUGGUGAAGUUUUUAGCUACGAUGGAGACGAAGGAGGUCGAGCUGAUGAGGCGCCGGACUGCGCACCAGCACUGGCAGAUGUGGCAACUUUCGUUUGAUGACUCAUCUGCAACUCAUCGACGAAACUUUUUCGGUAUGCGAGGACUGAAUCGAAUUCUUCACGCUACGCUUAAGUGGGAGGUAGUUAACUUUCGUGGAAGUGACCAAGAUAUCGCUGAUGUGGAGGUGGAAGGAUUUAUGGAAAGAAAGGUUUACUUCGGCGAGGGACCGGUCAUUACAAGUCCUGCAAAUCUGAGCGCUCUUCUUGUUAAAAGCUCGAGCAAUGCGUCUGCAGAAGGCCUUCCUACUGUUAUCACUGAAGAUGAUAUCAUGCAUCUGACCGACCUGCCCACGUACAAUGGGACGCUAUCAGCGGAAGAGUCAGAGUACCUCAUGAGCUAUCUGACAGUGCCGUACACACGGAUCCCACUUGUGGUGUCAUUCUUUUCGUCGCGAGACCGCGUGACGUAUUUGUUCAAUCCGAUGUUGCAGCAGCUGUUCCGCGCAGUUUUAUUCGAGGGUGGAGACUGGGUGUCUGACGAGAAGGCUGAAGAGAUUUCCCAUAUUCCGCUGCGGAAAUCAAACCUCGUGAUGCAUGAAGAAGCCAUUCAACGGACGUUUGAUGCUCGAGUUCACCACCAAAAAUGCGAAGACCAUUUGGGCACGAUGAACGGGCUACUUCUAAACGAAUUAAUCCACGCCCCAGAGGCGAUUGUGGUCCCCCUGUUGAAGAUGUUGGAUGCUGUCAAGGAGCUGGGUGAGGCAUCAGUCCAUUCGGCUGACGCUCGCUUUAUUCUUUUUAUGAUCAAAUUGGGAGUGGAUAUUUUACGUUAUAUGACAUUCGCGCUCGACCGGUGCAUUGCUGGUGACGACCGGGCUCGUGUCGAAAAACUGGAGGGAUACCGAUCUCAGUUGAUGAACUACGGAUUUAGUUUCGCACAUUCAACGCUUAACAAGUGGAGAAAGGAAGCUGAAGAUGCUAACAACCUCCAGACGGCGUGCGUUAUUCAUUCCUACCUAGUUGUUCUUCAUGUGAGCUUACGACCUACCGAAUACGACGCUCGGAAGAUCUCCGAAAUGAUUGGCUCCAUUGCUUACGUUCACAACUGGCAUUGUUUCGGGAUGAAGCUGUCCACCGACAGCGAUGAUGAAAAAGGAGGGCUUUCAGCCGAAGAGCGGCUCCUUCGUUGGCUUCAGGCGCAAGGCAUUGACACGGCAAACGUUGGCAAGAAAUCUCUAGAUAAGUACUUGAAGGGACGGCCUCUGUACUUGAAAAUUGGUAUGCAGACUAUUCAAGCACCAAGUAUUGUCGCACUUCGGAACAGCGAGGGCAAAGAGCUACAGCUACCACCUGGUGACGUUCUUGAAGCAGAGAUCUUUGAGACUAUGCAGUUGCAUCGCCGCUCAAUCGUCGAUUGGCUUGCAGGCUUACCGAAGACCAAUCGAAACAAAGUUCUGGGUGGCAUUGUUCAAAUUGCCCUGCGCUCGAAUGAGCAAGCCGAUACGUGGGAAUGGCUCGAGGAAUCUGGCGUCGGGGGUGCAGGAAAAUACAGCUGCCGUCAACAAGAGUUAAAGCUGGACGCGCAGACGGGCGAAAUAUUGUGGAGAAAUGAUGAGUUAAAGCCUGUUCCGGACUCGAUGACCCAAUAUGCCGACUUCAUGGCCAUUUUUGGAAAUAAUUCGCUUCACUGCGGUCUUGUUGCGCGUCAGGAACACCGCCUCUGGGUCAAUAUUGUUGGUACGGAUUUCCAGCUCGUCGAGUGGGAUGACCCUACGGACGAAGUAGACCAGGGUGUUGGUGCUCCGGUAGUGUAUGAACCUGGAAGUGUAGGUAACUCGGAUGACCCCAACGACGAUUCUCAAGAGCUUAAAAUGUACUGGGAGUGUCCUGCUUGCACUUGCGCAAACUUCAACGGUGAUAAUCCUAAUGCUGCGUGCGAUGUGUGUGGCACUCCUCGUGUUGCGCGUGCUCCGCCUCAGCCAUCGCGAGGACAUCGAGAGGAGAAGCCCAAGCAACCUGGUGAUGACGGAUUCCGCUACCUCGGCAGGGUUUUCUCACGUCCGUUUGACAUAUAUUCGGAGGAGGAGCAUCCUCAUGCUGGCGAACAGUGGUUUGUGGAUCUAGUGGGCAACGCGCUUCGUCUCAUGUAUCCUCCCGUGCCUGAUGACAAGAAGCUGCCUUACACAUUGUUUCUUCCCAGUGACCCGUUGCCAGACAAUGCUACUCACGUCCGGUUAAUUGGCCUUGAUCGAGGCUCGGAUGAUAAAGAUAAGGAGAAGAUUGCGACCUUUAAAGAAAUUGUGGCGUACAGAACGAUGCAGGUGAUGCAUAUCUACGCAUUGGUUUCGCACGGACGCAGACUUUACCGCAAGCUUAUCUUCACGUCGAAUUCUCGCUUAAGUCUUCACAGCUUCCCUUUGAACAUCUCUCCAGAUCAAGGCCCUGUGGAUCCAGCUCUAUUGCGUGCUAGCGGUGAGCCUACCGAGCGGCAAAUGCUUGGCGGAUCCCUAAUUGUCUUACGCAAGAACCAUUUGCUCAAUGGCACGGAGCAAUUCGUCCCCCCACGCCUUCUGCAAGGUGUUGUUCCUAGCUGCUUGCUGGAGAAUUUUCGCUUUUGGAUGGGAGAAGAUGGACGUCUUCGAGGCGAACCCGUGGAUCCGAAGUCCCAGUGGUUCCGAUAUCGAGUGGAGGUUGAGAUGAACAAGACUGGGCAGGCUUUUAUCAGUCGAAAGUCUAUCAUGACCUCCUUUUCUCGUAUCCACCGUGACGGUCAGGAGAAAGAACGGUCAGCAGCUAGUAGCCAAAUGCAACCUCCCCCCGCCCCGGUUCGAGUACCUGGGAGACCAAUAGCCGAAGCCUCUCGCUCUCCGUUAUAUCCAUCACCUGCUUCUAUUGAGAUUAGCGACGACGACGUGGUCCAACUCAUGGCUAUGGGCUUUUCGUACGCUGGAUGUGGGCUUGCCUUGCGCGAGAAUCAUAAUAAUGUGGGCUUGGCAGCCCAAUGGCUGCUGGAUGAGAACAAUCAGAUGAAGAUCCUUGCCGCGGAAGAAGCAGCUGCGUCUGGUGAGGUUGCGCUUAGCCCCGAGGAGCAGCAUGAACAGAAUAUUGGACUUCUUAUGAGCUUGGAGGGAUCACCGUCACGAAGUGCAGUUGAAUAUUCGUUGGGUCUAUUUAACAAUGAUCUGGAGCUAGCGACAGCGUGGUUAUCGGAUCCUGCUAAUCGUACCGAGAUUCAACGAGCAGAAGCUUCUGAAAAUGGCGGAGUAUUGACAUCAGUGGACUCCAUUGAAGAAAUGCCUACACCGAUGCAGGUCGAUGAGGAGUCCAAGGACGACGAUGCACUUGAAGUUGUUGAAGAAACUGUCGGGGAGACUUUGUAUCUGCUGAGCAUGCUCGAAGCCUGCUCGGCUGCAAGCGACGAAGUUCGUGCAUUGUGCGAUCUGCUUACUCGCGUGGAAGAUCUUUCGCACAUCCUGGUCUGGUGUGCCAGCAAUGAUGCGGAUAAUGUACCUUCCGGAUUAUCCUCUAUAGCUUUUAUCGAGUUACCAAGGCUGAAGUUGAAGCUUCAACCGACAAAGGACUCGGAGACUGGACGCAUACGCCUGAACGUGAUGGAUCAAAACGGCUGGUUUGUGAGUGAACUUACUGUUGCGAUGCCGGAAGGUACCUCCAAAUAUCUUCGGGGACUCGUUGAGAUUGCUCCGGACUGCUUUGUCCUCGAGUCAGACACAACAGAUCUAAAACUUAUCUGUCCCAAUCACGAUCUGUAUCGUCCAGCAAUACGUGGGGAACCGUUUUCCUCGAUCCUCGUUAGCGAUCGCGGUUCAGUGGGCUGGCAGCAAGCGAUGGAAACGAGAUUCUACACGUAUCCUGUGCAUUCAAGCAACACCUUCUUGCUUCCUUCUUCGCUGAGCUCCACGCUGUAUCUGAUCCUUACAAGCUUGCUUACUCGCAAUUACGCGGCAGCAAUGGAGUUAAUCCUGGGGUGCAACGUGGACGUGAAGUUUACCGACGAGGAAAAACGAGUGUUCGACCAGCUGUCCAAGACACUUGAUGAUCGCCACCCGAACGCCUGUGCAUGUCGUAUUCGUCUGUCUCUAGGUAUCGCCUAUAGUGACAACAAGGCUCCGUGGAAACUGAGUGGUGAGUUGCACGACUACCUUGCCACGAGUGGCCAUGUCGACGCAGCUUGCAAGCUAACUCUGGAGGAAGAAAAGGAAGCCCUAGAGCACUGCCACCAGCGGUCUUUUCUCUUGUUGCUGCGCAAAGAGUUUUGUGACCACGUCCAACCAGAUACUGCGACUAAAAUUGACUUCAAGUUGACCCGAUCACGCGUUGGCGGCCAGCCCUGGAUGAAGUUGCGUUUGUACAGCAAAGGAUAUCUUGCGGCACAUGGUAAAAAGCUUUCGACCGUGCGGUACAACCGACCAAAGCAUGGAGUCGGGAUCGACAACAAGUUUUUGAUUGAUGAUGAGGAAGCUGGUAAACUAGUGUGGAACUGUGCUGUUGUUGGCGACGAGAUCAGUGGGACAAACCGAGGACUGGGCUUCCUCUUCUUGUACGAAUGCUUGAACCAGCAGCUUGUUGUUCGUAUGGGUGGCGAUGACUGCACGCGUUCGUUUGGAGAUUUGUUUGCGCGAUUCCUGCACUUGAAGUUAUCGAGAUGGGGUCGUGAAACCGUGGAUGACGGUGAAGAAGAAUGUGCGCCGUCAUACGCGAUGGCACAGUUGGCAAUGAUAAUCGCACAUCCUGGUGGUGGUUGGCCUUCGUCUCCUUGUGACCAAGAAAGCGUUCAAAUGCUUUCUCGAGGUGCAAAUUUGUACUCCAAGAUGACGGUGGGGACAAUGUUAAAACACUUUUUCGACUUCGGCGAGAUGGAGUUCCAAACCAAGCUUGAGUCAGAAGAGCAUCAGACUCGUGUGAUUGGCCCGAUUAAAGCUCAGUUCAGCGAGCUACACCAUACUGCCGAGCAUGUGUUUGAGAUACCGGUUGCUCCCACGGACGACUUGAAGAAUUUCGACGCUUCCAACGCGUCGUGUGGUGAGCGUUAUUUCGUUGGAGGCGAGAGCAGUCCCAUUAACCCAGAGUUCCCACUAGAAGCAAUCGAUGUGCAGCGGUUCAUCACCUUCUGCGAUCCAGAGGCGGAAGUGCGGGCAACACUGCCGUUUGACCUGUCGAACCACCCAGUUGCUCAAACCGUGGCUGCAAAAGAUUUGCUUAAGCGACUUGGCGAUGACAUUGCUAUUAACGCACAAGCCGUUAACGGAAGCAAAGAUGCGUUCAUCACGGGCGUGACUCCUGUGAAUUUGGCAUCCCUUGGUGAACAGACUGCAAGCAUUUCUGCUGUUGGAAACCUUCAGACGCUGAUUCAUCUAUGUGAAAAGAUGAGAACAAGCGACCGCAACAUGGUAGAGGAUGGGAUUGCGACGCUAGAAAUGCAGCUGAACGAGAUCCGCCGCGACAUUCAUGGAAAUGCGGAACAGGUUGUCACCGCUGACUGCUUUGUGAUGCAGCGUCACGUUGGUGUAUUUCCUCGAGUGACGUUUGACUUUCUCACGUCUCUUUUGGCAUCCAACUCGCUUGAAGCAGAUCUGAAAGCUCGAAAUCCGUUCGUGGUAGAUAUAACGGCGGAUUUGAUUGAGAAGAUCUUGCUCGUGCUCUUCCUCUGCAGCCGAAUUGUGCACAUCAACCGAACUGUUCAAGCAGCUCGUGCUCUUGUCAAACAUCUCAACGGUCUUGUUGCCACUCAGAGUGGAGAUGAUUGGUCUAGCAAAGUGAAGAUGACUCGGCAAGCGUCUCGUGAUUUGGCUGAUGCGUUGCUAUCGAAGCGAUACUACCUCCACGGCUCUGCUCAAGGAACGUCCUCAGGGUGGCGAUUCGACCCACGCUUCUUGGUGUUUGAAUACGUUUUCGACAUCUUGCUGCGCGGGCGACAGGUUCAAAUGAUCGACAGCUUUUUGACGAGCCUAGCGAAGGGUGACUCUCGCGUACAGCAAAUGAUCAUGGGCGCGGGUAAAACGACGGUGGUUGGCCCCCUGCUAACUUACAUCCUCGCGGAUAAGGAGCAUCUCGUGAUGCAUGUCAUGCCAACAGCUCUUCUGGAACAAUCACGUCAGGUGUUGCGGAGCCGCUUCAGCAAUCGCGUCCUGCGGAAACGUAUCUUUACGUUCGAGUUCGACCGUGCCAUUAGUGACGACCCCGCUGCUGCCUUGCGGAUGUAUACUAAACUGGAUCGUGCUCGCCGUCACGGUGAUGUGGUGUGUGCCUCGCCAGAGUCGAUCAAAUCGAUGAUGCUCAAGCUUGUUGAGUUACUGCACUCACUGGAUGAAUCAUCUGACAUUAUUGAGCUGCCCCUCACUUCGGCGUCACAAAACAUUAGGCGCCUCAGGCGUGUGCUUGAAGAUCGUUCCGAGAUGGCUGACGAACUGCACAAGACGCUGAGGCUGUGGCAAAAUGGUAUAUUGAUCAUGGAUGAAGUGGACGUGCUGUUGCACCCGUUACGGUCGGAGCUCAACUUCCCCAUUGGCAACAAGUUCCCUAUUGAUCUUGCUGCCAAUAGAUGGGAACUUCCCAUUUAUUUGAUCGACGCUGUUCUCGCAUCGCCAAGUGACUCUAAAGAUCCGUCUGGGUUAAUCCCGCGAUUACAUGCCGUGCUGGACGAAGGAUACGCUGCUCAUACGUUACAGCGCUUCCCGCACCUUGUGCUGUUGGACAUGGAGUUUUAUGAGGCGCAAAUGUUACCGCUAUUGUCGGAAAUUGCUAUUGAAUGGUUGUUAAAGCUCUUCCGUAUGGGCAAAAUGGAGGUGUCAGUCGAACGAAUCAAGUAUUAUUUGGAGUGCCCGCGUGCAGAGCUGCAUACAGAUGCUUCUCUUCGAGCUGAUAUUGAGAACGGCCUGUCCGAAUCUUCGAUUAAGCUGCUCAAUCUUGCGCGCGAUUGGUUACGUACCAUCUUGCCGCACGUCCUUUCCAAGAUCAACCGUGUAUCCUAUGGUCUCCUGAGAGGAGAGCAUCAAGCGGCUGCCGCUUCAGGAAACAGUGGUGGCAACGCUCACUCUCGGCUAAUGCUGGCAGUUCCAUUCAUCGGGAAAGAUGUUCCGAGUCGCUCGUCCGAGUUUGCGCAUCCCGACGUGUUGAUUGGAUUGACCAUUCUUGCUUAUCGCUACGAAGGUAUCCGCGUAUCCGAUCUUGUGCGCAUCGUGUCGCAACUGAAGCAGGAUUUUAGUCGCCAGCUCGGGCCGCGUGACCAACGUCCGGCCUGUGCCAUGUUCCGCGAGUGGGUCCGAACUGGUCUAUCUGUGCUCUCAUCGGAAAAGCAAGAUGCUUCGGGUGGUGUUCUUCCACUACCUCUUUUCCAGCUUCGUGAUUCCGCACAAGUGGCGCGGCUACACUACUUAGUGGCUAAGCUUGCAGGCGUGGUGUAUUACUAUGUCCGGCAACAUGUCUUCCCGUCGUGCAUGAAUUUUCAGAAGCUGAAGAUCUCUGCUUGUGGUCAUGAACUCGGCAGUAAUUCGCUUUUUGCGAAACGAAUUGGUUUUUCGGGAACGCCUUCGAACCUGCUACCGAUGGAUCUAGGCGAGUGUUACUAUGAGCCUCGCAGUGAUGGAAGCAUUUUCGAAGCUCUUACUAACAAACGCAUCGUGUCCAUUGAGCGUAAAGUGGAGUGGACGGCUCGAAGCUUACUGUUGGAUAUAGCUCAUGCGCAACCGCCGGUGCAUGCGCUUAUUGACACGGGUGCACUGAUCACAGGUUUCGAUAACCAGGAAGUAGCUGCGUUUUUGUUGGCAGAGCUGCCUGCUGAAAUGGAAGGCGUGGUGUAUUUGGACGAGAAUGAUCGACAGAUGAUCUUACUGCGUGAUCACAACGCACCCAUGCCAUUAGUGCAGUGUGGAUUGAGCCCAAGCAAGAGAUUCACGUUCUAUGACCAAGUCCACACGACGGGAAUGGAUAUCAAACAGUUUGUGAACGCGCGUGCUGUCGUCACGUUAGGCAAGGACAUGACCUUCCGUGACUACGCUCAGGGAGCAUAUCGUAUGCGCGGUAUUGCCACUGGGCAGUCGAUAUGUCUCUUCCUUAUCCCUGAAGUUGAGAACCGUAUUCGCCACGAGAUGAAACUUGCCCAAGUUGAAUUGAGCUCGCAGGGCUCGGCACAACAACGACUGGACGAGUUUCUCCUGCUGGUACCGGCUUGGCUUCUAGUCAACUCCAUGCGCAUGGAAUCCAUGCAACUUGUUCAGCUGUCGCUUCAGGAACUGCAUAAUACUUGGCGUAGACGUGCUCUUCGUUCAUUGCUGGACGAGAUUGCUUUGGCCACGUCCAAGAACGCUUCUCUAUCAUCUCGGCUGCGUCGGUUUAUUGGUCGUCAAGAUGACAGUGAUAAAGCUUGGCUUCGCAAGUGCAUCGCGAUAUUCCGCGUGGAGAUCUCGUAUACAGUGGACGCCGCCGUGCCGACCAGGAAACAACUUUCGGAUGUAAUCGGAAAUCUCAUUCAGAGUCACGAAGACUUCUUAAAGUCAGACAAGGAGACUACCCGAGUCAGUGCCGUACAACAUCGGCUAGCCCACUCAUCAGGAAACCAACAGCAAUUGCUUGCGGAGGAGCAAGGUGACUUACGUCUCACCGCUGAAGUUGUGCAUGAGAACGAGGCUGAAGCGGAAGAAGAGGCCGAGGAGGAAGCUGAGCAGGAAGAGCAAAAGAUGAGUGCGUUCACUCGUGAUGACGAGCACCCAAUCCCGUGGAGCGCCUCGGUUCUUGCUGAACCACCUACGGGAGUUGCUGCAGGAUCUAUUGGAGAUGAAGAGAUGAAGACGGCCGUUCAGCAACAGCAAGAAGAAGAGGCGAGCGUAUUCUACCCAUUCGCGCAAUUCCAAGCCCACUCAGAGUGCCCAAGGAUUGCCUUCCCUGCAGAGUUAAUGGUGUCUGGAAACUUUUUCCGUCGACGAUGGGUUGGGCUUGGUGAACGUCGCGUAAAAAACGUCGGGCUCAUUCUUGAGUGGUCACCAAUGCUGCACCAAGAAGCGAUGAAGACGGUUGUGCAGCAGCUCUUUAUGGCGAUUAUGGCGGACGGAUCGGGUGGCAAUGCUAACGAAAUUGCCGUGAAGGCUCUACAAGCAGCAGCUGAAAUGGCUACGACGAGUCCUGACGCAGUGUCCGAUGCAGUGAAGGAUGCCGUGUCAGUCACGACACGCAAGAUGCCAGUGUAUUUGGCGACAUUGUCUCUAGCUGAAGGAGAGACGAUUCGUCGCAUGAUCCAUACGCAACAUCCCGUGUUCCAAGUAAGCCAGGUGCAGCUCCGUACAAGCGAGGGUGAGUUGGUCGAGAGCUCGUCAUUCUUCUCGUCUUGGUCUCCGAAGACUGCUCCAACAGCUCUUGCUGAGAUGGCCCCUCGACAGAAGACCAUUGCAGUGGGUGUCCAGUGCUUGCGCUUCUUCAACAACGAGAUGUAUUACUUCCCGAACGAGCUCGAGAUGCUCUUGGAAGGGCUGGCUACCGUGCCUAUUUCGCUACGACACGAGUUCUUUGAGUGUCUCCUGCGUCUUCGACGCCGCGAGCGUCACCUGUGGGGAGACACACCACUGGCGAAGGUAUUCACUGCUCAGAGUGAAUGGCAUUUACUCACUGCACGUGCUCGACUGCAGCAAUUCCAGCAGAGUUUGUUGCGAAAGCAGCGACAGUAUCAGAAGAAGAAAGAGAAGGGUAAAGAUCCCAAGCCGACAAUGGCCGCUCUUCACUUGGCGGUGGCUCUGCGACGAUUCGAUGAAGACGAGGACGGUCGAUUGAGUGCCGAAGAAGUCCACAAAUGCUUCGAGAGCUUCCAACUAGGCUUCUUGUCCAAGGAGCUGAACGAAAUCAUUGGACUAAUCGCAGACGCCCGGUUCACAAACGGUGAGAAGGGACAUGAACAGGGCAUUCCGAUGGAGACAAUCUGUGCGGCCUUCGGUAUCUCCCGUGAGGAAAUGAAAGGCGCUCUUCUUCGCGACGACCAAGAGAGUGCUCGUGCUGCAGCGGGUCUGAAUGUCGAGCCUUCGUGGGCCUGUCCUGUGUGCACAUACGUGAACGAUGGCGCCGCAGAUGUGUGUGGAGCCUGUAACGAACCCAAUCCGAAGCACCAGGACCAGGACGCACAGCAGCAGCAGCAGCAGCAACAACAGGGAUGGCGUUGCGGCAACUGCACUUUCAUCAACCAACCAGACGAUGUGAGCUGCGCUAUCUGCGAGCUUGACAUGGAUGGACAGCGGGGCGUGCCUCGUGGCAAAUGGGUCUGUGCUGGCGAGCAGGGCGGCUGCACAUUCUUCAACUCCAUGGCCAAUUUCUACUGCGAAGUAUGCAACCGCGCACGCCCCGAUCUGGCGUCCACUCGCUUCUAGAGCCAUCGAUUGACUUGGUUAAGGUGCCUGUUAGCCAUUUGCACUUUUGCUACAUGGUCAAUGCUACGUAUCUUUUUGAAACACC